CAAUUCGCAAUCUCGCACGCCACACCACACCACCACUGUCUCGAAACCCUUCCGCGCCUCCCCAGCCAUGGAGGCCGCGGUGGCGGCACUGGAGGCGGCCGCGGAGAAGACCGCUGGAGCGGCGUCGGCCGCGAAAGAGGCUGCCCUGGCGGCCUCAGCUGCUGCGACGGAGGCUGCUGGGGCGGCCACGGCUGCGAAGGAGACCGCGGUGGCGGCCUCGGCCGCUGCGACGGAGGCCGCAGGGGCGGCCACGGCUGCGAAGGAGGCCGCGAUGGCGGCCUUGGCCGCCGCUGAGCAGGCGGCGGCGACAUCAUCAGCAGCGAAAGAGGCUGCGGUAGCGGCGGAGGCUGCUGCAGCGGCGACCGCGAGGGAGCUGGCAGCGGCGAUGCGCUAUUCUAAGAAGCGUAGAUUCCAUCAGAUCGACGACGGAGGGAGUCGCGGCGACAACCGCGAUGACAGGGGAAACCUCGAUCUCAUCAGCGCCCUCCCCAACGACAUCCUCGGCAGCAUCAUCACCCUCCUCCCCACCGAGGACGGCGCCCGCACACAGGCCGUCUCUCGCCGGUGGCUUCCCCUCUGGCGCUCGGCGCCACUUAAUCUUGCGGAUGAUUUUAUCGGCUCGGUCUCGAGCAGCAAGGGCAUGGCCUUGGUCUCAAAGAUCCUCUCUGGGCACCGUGGCCCUGCCCGCCGCUUGUCGCUCAAGUUGUUCCCCGUGAUUAACGGUUGGCUUCACUCUCAAGCCCUCGACAGCCUAGAGGAGCUCGAUCUCGCCAACCUCAUGGACAUGCCGCUGUCUGUGUUCCGUUUCGCUCCCACGCUCCGCUUCGCCAGAUUCAGCCGUUGCGGUUUGCCCAAUUCGAUUUCAACGCUGCGUCUGAAUUUCCCGUGCCUCAAGCAGCUCACCCUGCACGGGAUCCCCAUUAUGGAGGAUGCUCUCCACAACUUGCUCUCUGGAUGCACUGCCUUGGAAAGCCUUGAGCUGACGUAUUUUUCUGGCAUAGGUGCCAUCUGCAUCAGCUCCCAAACUCUUAGGAGCUUAGCCUUCUGCAGUAAUCCCGGGUGGAAUAGUUUGGAGCUAGUAAUCAAGGACGCCCCUUCUCUAGAAAGAUUGCUACCGCUAUAUCCAGACUGGGGUCGAGUGACCAUCGAGAAAAUGAUUUCUGUCAGCUUAACAACCAAAAUUGACACCAUGAAGGUUUUGGUUCUCGACUCUAUUGGGCCUAAUCUGGAUGCUGUUGUUGACUUCCUCAAGUGCUUCCCCUGCUUGGUGAGGCUGUAUAUCAUUUCACACCCAAAAAAGGAUAUGAAUAAUGCAAGGAAGUAUGACCGGUUGGAUCCAAUUGAGUGCCUUGAGCUCCAUCUAAAGAAAGUGGUGUUAAUGAAUUACGAUGGCAGCAAGAGGCCAUCUGUUGAAUUUGCCAAGUUCUUUGUUCUGAAUAGUAAGUUGCUAAAAGAGAUGGAAAUCGAAGUUCUUAACAACCGAAACGACAAAUGGAUGGCUAAUCAACGCAAGCAGCUAUGUGUGGAUAAUAGAGCUUCUCGAGAUGCUCGAAUUGAACUGAAAAUCGGUACCAAGAAAUCUGGCUUACCCAAGAUGGAUACCCAUGAUUUGUCAAUGGCUGAUCCCUUUGAAAGCGGAGCCUUUUGUUGAUACUAGAAGUGUAGUUGAUGUCCAUCCCCAAGAUUGUGUUGUUUUGUUGAAAGCAGAGUUUUUGUAUGUCUGUAAUCUAAUGCUGUCCACCCUCCAGUCGCUCUAUGAUAUGAUGUAUGGCCAACUCAAUAAUAAACCAGGAUUGAGGAGGUGGUGUAACAACUAUCUAAGCUCAGGCUUCAAAUUGAAAGCUGGAAAGUUUAAGUUGCUAACAGAAUGCUAGUUUAAGCUGCUAAGUUAAGUUGGCAUUGGUCGUUUUGUUCAUGUUUGGUGUUGUACUGUAAGCUGAUAAUAUCAGCAGCUACUAUUUCUCUAUUUUGAACACUUGCUUUGAUGAAAAAGGAUGGCAUUUGUGCCUCUUGUCUAAA